CUGAAAGAGCAUCACUUCUACCAAACCGGCAAGAAAAAAGAAGAAAUGCAUCAAACAAGUAAAUAAUGGAUCUGGACACGCAAAUUAUCGACUCUGUAAACAAUUUCCUGAAAGUCGAUUCCAUUGAUGAGGCAUUUCUUAGCGUUAUUGUAUUCAAGCCAAAUGGAGAGCAGACGAAGGCACAAAGUUUUACAAAUGAUUUUGUCACUGCCUUUGGCCAAGUGCCGCAGGAAAAUCGGGAUCAAGUCCUGCGGGUCUAUCUGCUGCGUACCGCCAGCGCGUCCCAUUGUCAUAUGAAGGUGUUGAUGAAUGCCCUGGUUAAAUUGGUGGAUGCUCAUCACAUUACGGCAAGGGCACUAUGUGACAAGGUCUUGUCCUGCGAAAAAUUGGAAUAUGAACAUAAAAUAUUUUGGAUUGAAAGUUUUCGUUUGAUCAAGAAGGUGAUAGUCCAUGUAGACUACAAAGGUGUGAGGGAAAUCAUGAAGGUGUGUCGCGACAAGACCCAAUGGUUUCCUUUGAACGUAAAUGUCGCCUAUCUGCCCCAAUUGUUGGCCGUGGAGGAGAUCAUACGGUUUAUAUUCGAUCGAAAUAAUUGUCUAUUGCCCGCCUAUUUUAUAGCAAAUGAGAUUAUGCGUCCAUUUCCAUAUCACUGGAAACUGAAUAAAUUGAUGACCGACUUUGUGGAGGAAUUUCGAAGUACAGCGCAAAUGGUGUCGAUUAUUGGUCAUGCCCAUAUGCUUCCGAUAGUAGAACAUUUUGGCUAUGCGGAUCACAUGAUGAACUCCUGGCGCUUGGAUCAUAAUACCUUGAAAUUCACCUUUAAAGGAAGCCUGCCCUAUGAACCGGAACUUUUAGAAGAACAGCGUCUAUUGCUGCGCUAUGUUCUCGAGCAGCCCUAUUCCAGAGAAAUGGUCUCCCAAAUGUUGAAUUUACAGAAACAUCAGAAACAACGUUACAAUGCUUUGGAAGAGCAACUGGUUAACUUAAUCAUACAUGCCAUGGAGAUGACAGAGGCUAAUGAUACACUGGCGGGCAGUGGAUUUAAUGCCUGCGAUGAGCAAAUUACUCCAUAUGAGUGGGUUUGGUUACAUCUGUCUUCGCAGUUGAUUUAUUUUGUGCUCUUUCAAUUCGUUAGUUUUAUGCACAUUGUUUUAUCUUUGCAUGAGAAGCUGUCCAAAUUGGAGCUACGCAAGGGAAGGGAUCAACUGAUGUGGAUUUUGUUGCAAUUUAUCUCGGGAAGCAUACAAAAGAAUCCUAUUACAAAUUUCUUACCCGUGUUUCGAUUAUUUGAUCUGUUGUAUCCUGAGCAAGAGCCUCUGAAACUUCCUGACAUUAACAAAUCGUCUAUGGUUCGUCAUAUGGCUCCCAUUUGCGUGUGGAUUCAUUUAAUGAAGAAAGCUCGAGUUGAGAACAUGAACAUCACCAGACCCUUGCCCAUUGCCCUAAAGAAUCACUACGAUUUCCUUCAGCACCUGGUCACUCCUAAUACCCUGAUGAAUAUGUCUCUGGGUUCUGAUUUUCGUAUUAUACUUAUCUGCAAUGCUUACUCCACCAAUCAGGAAUAUUUUGGACGUCCUAUGAGCAUUUUACUCGACGCUUUAAAUGGCAAUUCAAAGUCUGCCAAUGGUGCACAAAUACCAGCAGUUACUUUCUCAGUGGCAGUCCUAGAUAGUUUAACGGUACACAGCAAGAUGUCCUUAAUCCAUAGUUUUGUCACCCAAAUGCUAAAACAGGCACAAAACAAAAGUCAGGUACCAGCGGCCGCUUUGUUGGAAACUUAUGCUCGUCUGUUGGUCUACACGGAAAUCGAGUCCCUAGGCAUUAAAGGAUUUCUAAGUCAAUUGAUGCCCACAGUAUUUAAGAAUCAUGCCUGGGCGAUGCUUCAUACUCUAAUGGAGAUGUUCUCCUAUCGUCUGCAUCAUGUGCCCACACAUUAUCGGGUACAGCUUUUGUCUUUGCUUCACUCUCUCUCCUCAUUGCCACAGACCAACAAAAUGCAGCUUAAUCUCUGCUUUGAGUCGACUGCAUUGCGUUUAAUCACCAGUAUUAGCUCAGCAGAGUUCCAGCCUCAAUUCUCGAGGUAUUUCAAUGAGAAAUCACCCGGAGCCGUUGCCUCCAAUGAGAGUGAAGAGUUGAAUCGUGUUUUAAUUCUCACUUUGGCACGUUCCAUGCAUGUACAUGGUGGUGGGGAUGAGUUACAGGGCUGGUGUAAGGAUUUCCUGUCAAAUAUUAUGCAACAUACGCCCCAUUCCUGGCCACUGCAAUCUCUGACCUGCUUCCCUCCGGCCCUUAAUGAAUAUUUCGCACAAAACAAUCAGCCGUCCGAGAAUAAGCAAGUGCUUAAGAAAUCCGUCGAAGAGGAAUAUCGCAUGUGGACAUCCAUGUCAAAUGAAAAUGACAUAAUUGCCCACUUUUUAAGGCCAAAUGCGAAUCCACUGUUCUUAUGUCUUCUCUUUAAGAUCAUUUGGGAAACUGAGAAUAUUAGCCCAGUGGCUUACAAGAUUUUAGAGCAAAUCAGUGCCCGAGCUUUGUCCACACUUUUACGCAAAUUCUGCGAUUAUCUAGUUGUUGAAGUGGCCAGCUUUUCGGAUGGUCGUGACUUCAUCCACAAGUGUGUGGAUACCAUUAAUAAUAUGAUUUGGAAAUUCAAUGUGGUCACCAUUGAUCGUGUGGUUCUUUGUCUGGCUUUGCGUACACAUGAGGGCAACGAGGCUCAGGUUUGCUUUUUGAUCAUUCAAUUGCUUCUGCUCAAGGCCAGUGAGCUAAGGAAUCGUGUCCAAGAGUUUUGCAAAGAUAAUAAUCCAGAUCAUUGGAAGCAAAGCAAUUGGCAAGAUAAACACUUGUCGUUCCAUCAAAAGUAUCCAGAGAAAUUUGCCCUUGAUGAAUCGGCAUCGCAAAUUCCCUUGCCCGUUUACUUUAGUAAUGUGUGUCUGCGUUUUCUACCCGUUUUGGAUGUUGUCGUUCAUCGUUUCAUUGAGUUGACCAUACCAAAUGUUCAUCAAAUCUUGGGCUAUAUAUUGGAUCAUUUAAGCAUUCUCUACAAAUUCCACGAUCGCCCAAUUACCUACUUAUACAACACAUUGCACUAUUACGAACGGAUAUUAAGAGAUCGACCAUCGCUAAAAAAGAAACUAGUAAGCACUAUUACCAGCGCUUUCAGUGAGAUACGACCACCCAAUUGGAGCAUCACCGAGCCCUAUAAAGUAUUUCUACAGAAUCAGGAUCUUCUAUGGACACCAGAGCUGGGUUAUUAUAUGAAUCUUAUACGACGAUUGGCAGACACAAUUAGUGGUAAAAAUGUGUUUUACACUACCGACUGGCGUUUCAAUGAGUUUCCCAAUGCUCCAGCGCAUGCCCUCUAUGUGACCUGUGUGGAGCUAUUGGGUCUGCCGGUGGCUCCUUCACUGGUGGCCAACAAUAUAAUCGAUGUGAUUGUUAAUGGUUAUGCGGUGAUACCACAAAAAGAGAUUCAUAGUUAUAUUAAUGCUGUGGGCAUUGUUCUCGCUGCUCUGCCUGAACCCUACUGGAGUGGCAUCUAUGAUCGCCUGCAGGAUAUGCUGAAUACCCCAAAUAUGUUGAAAUGGACGUAUCGUUUUAAUGCUUUUGAUAUGUUCAAUUUUAAGACGGUACGCGAGGCAAUGUUGGAGAAAAGUUAUGCUGUAGUUCUGGCGGUGGCUCAUGCUGUAUUUCAUCACAUGGGAGUCUUCAAAUUGGCUGCAAUGGUGCGGUAUAUCAAAGAAAAACUAAAGCCUUGUGUCCGCACCGAGCAACAGUUGCUAUAUCUAUGUCAUGUCUUUGGUCCAUUCCUGCAACGCAUUGAGAUGGAGAAACCCAAUGCAGUGGCUGGCAUUGGAAUACUGCUCUACGAGAUUCUGGAGGUUGUCGAUAAACAGCAUGGACCAAAACCAUUACAGUAUAUGGAUCAAAUAUGCGAUUUUCUUUAUCACAUCAAGUACAUCUAUGUGGGCAAUAUAAUUCGAAACGAAUCAGAGGCCAUUAUAAAGCGAUUGCGUCCACAGCUGCAAAUGCGUCUGCGUUUCAUUACACAUCUCAAUGUGGAGGAUAUACACACGGAAAAGAGUGUGGAAAACAAUCAACAUCAAUCUCCAAUGCAAAAUCCGCAACAACAGCAGCAACAACAACAACUUCAGCAACAGCAUCAGCAGCAACAACAACAGCAGCAACAACAACAACAACAACAGCAACAACAACAGCAGCAAUUGAAUCAACAACAGCAACAACAAAUGUUUAUGCAACAUAUGCAACAGCAACAACACAUGCAAAAUAUCGGCAUGCGUCACAAUUAAACGGAGAGAAGCAGUUAAAAUCAGCACACUUUUUAAUAUAAUUUAAUUUUAAGAUUAUUAUUUAAGCAAAAAGUAUCAUUUUAUAAGCAUAACUACAAUUCUUUUAUAAUAAUUUAAUAAUUUUAAAUGAAAAAUACGAAGAAUAUGCCGAAGUUUUUAAACCCUUGUAGUCCUUGGUCAAAAUGUUUUCGUAACUCCUUUUCUGUGUCUAAAUGUAUAAAUCUAAGUUGUAACUUGUGUCACUGUAAAAACUAUGAUCUUAGUAAAUGUCAUAAAGAUAAUCUAA